AUGCCGAGAUUCUUCAAGAUCCCGAGCAGCACAAGGGUAUCUCAAUGCAGGGCAGCAGACUGGCACCAAGAAUUACCGCAUACUGUACUGUGUACGGUGAAUGUGCACGGUGUUGGUUUGGAGUGGAAGGGCUCGGUUGCACGCACGACGAUGCAUGGAUCUCUUGUCUGUCUGCAUGAGGCAGGGAUGCGGGGUGGAAUAGAGGCAGGAAGCGAACACAGCAGGGAAAAGAAGGAAGGAGCGGCUAGCUGGCUGGCUGGCUGGCUGGCUGGUCAACCAGUUGGCUGGAUCGAGGCUGUGCAUCAGCACCAGCACCAGCACCAGAGCGGUUUUCGUCGGGUUAGAGCGGGGGAGGAUCAUGAGGGAGGGAGUCCUGACCUAGGUUUUAACCCAGCACCGAUACCCAUACCCAUUACCCACACCCAUCCCGUCCCCACUCUCGAAGCCCUCUCGAAGCCUUCCCGCGUCUCCAUCACAUCUGACAAGACCAAGAGCGAGAGCGAGCCACCAAUUUAG